AUGACCGCUUUGGAGCCCUGGAAACGUGCCCACUCGUACACCUUGACGAUUCUCGCCACGGCCGUCGUGCGUCUGCAAGGCGGCUUCAAGCGCCACUUCUCCGAGUCCUCCCCUCGGCUUAUCGUUUUUCACACAUCGACGCUGCCAAGGCUGCAGCAUCACCUGGCUGGCGGCAACCCAGCGGAAGGCUUCUACGUCUUCGAGGUAGAGUCGUGGACGAAGGACGCUCUCCAGGAGCUCACGCCCGAAUCGAAUUGGACUGGCCGCUGGGAAUCAUGGAUGUCGCUGUGUCGGGAUGUGGAGGCGAUCUUCCGCAAGCAACCGGCAACCGGCGAUGCCCUCGUAGGCGUUCUUCCUUCCGUGUUCUUCAUAUACGGCGCCCCCGUGCUAUCGAUCACCCCGAUAGCUAUCCGCCAUUGGCCUUUGACGAACCGUGGCGAAGCUCUUCGUGCUGAGGACCGCGCGCUCUUCGAGGACGUGAUGCACAUCUGCAUGUAUUCUACAGCCGCGGGACUCGUCCUUCAGCCUCCCCUCAUACCAUUCGGGCGUCUGCCUCCACAGGCGGGAAUCAUGGUUCAGCGGAAGAAGAGGGACUGGGAUUGGCUAGCCGCUCGUAACUUCUGGGAGCGGGAUCCGAGCGGCUGCGCCGCUAUUCCACCUCCACAGUGGAUUCCCCAAUCGGAGCUACAGACCGGUCUCGACGUUACCGAAAUCUGGGCACGCUUUCUGUAUGGCAAUCCGGCCAGUGUGCGAGGCCGCGGUGAUACGGCUACCGGCUGA